GAGAGUGCGUCAUAGAAGCAACUAAUCAACAUUACUCUGCGUUAUUCCGAAUAGCGCUAAUUGUUUUAAUGACGCAUCCUCUAUUCUGUAGCUUUUUUCCGCACCCUGUUUUCACUCUUACAAUCGAACGACAGGAGAAUGCUUGACUGUAGGUUGGUUCUUACAUUCUGAUCCGGCUUAAACCCUCGUUGGUAACUAGACCAUAGACGGCAACUUUUUUAGUGAGUUUUGGAACGCAUCAUUCUUGAUUUUCUCUCAAAAAGGUUAGGGUUGAAUUAUGGGAAAGAUUUAUUCGGUAUUGACUCGACCUAUUCGCACAUUUAACAUUGAAAAUCGUGCGGCAAAACUUAUUUCCCGAGAAAAGCCAGUACCUGCACCUCAAUAUGCGUCUACAGAAAAACAAAAGAAGUUUUCAGACCAAGUAAAUCCAUACUUUUUGAAAGACCAUUACCAAAAGAACAUGCAACUGGAUCAACGAUUAAAAGAUGUUUUUGUUACGUCAACUGACUCGCAAGAAAUGAAAGAGUCAGAGAGAGACUCCAAGGUUUUACCUCAAAACAGACGGAGCUGGGAAAAUAAUUUUACAUUUGAAUCUUAUGAAUCUACAAUGAUUCCUAUGGGAAAGUGCUCAUUGAAGCAAGCUCUCACAUUUCUUUUGCAACAUAAACGCGAUCCUAUAAAAUAUAAUAGCGAAAAUAUAGCUUCUGAAUAUAAAAUGGAUAAGAAAGUAAUAGAUGAUAUAUUGAAGUAUUUUAAACUUUAUGUGACUGCCUUACCAAACAAUUCAAAACCUAUAGAGUUUUUGGAUUCAAUAGAAGAUCCAAUUCAAGAGCUUAUAGAUAAAGGAUUAGAGGCCAAAAGAAAGGAUAAAGAAAAGAAAAAAUAGUACAGAUAUGUAUAUAGAAAAAUAAUUUAUUAAAAUU